AUGACUCUCCUCCCCCGACUCUAUCGCAUUCUACCCCAGGGUCUUCCCUCUCCCUCAUCCAUCUUCCAUCGAACCCUCACCACCAAAAAACCACCCUUCCCCACAAUCCCAACAUGCCCUUCCCCAACUUGCCCCUGCACCCCAACCCCGGAAGGGCUAGACAUCGACCGCACAUCUCCCCUCAACGGCGUCAUGCCCGUAUACGCCCAACAAGUUCUCAUCUGCACGGGACGUGACGACUGGGCAAGCAAGAUCGAGGAGGAGAAUGAGGGCAGGAAUUUAGCAAACGAUCUCAAGAGAGUGAUGGGACGAGGAGGGAGGUGGUGUGAUCCAUUUCACAACGUCUCGCCGUUGAAUACCUCACUGCCGUCGUCACCUCCACCAGCCAACCAUGAGGAGUCGGAAGAAUCAACGUCGGUAUACAUCCUCCCACAAUUCAAGUACAUCCCCUUCGUUCCCAGCAAUUCCCCCUCCCACUUGGAGGCCCUGGUACGAGGGUUCUUGUUACCCGACCGUCUGCACCCCGCCCAUGACGGCCUGUCGCCCGAUCAACGAGACCUGCUCACGCGUAAGCCCGAGUUUCAGUCCCAGCUACGGGGCGUGCGUGAUGUGAAGGACGUGAUGAUCCUCAUUUGCGGACACGGCGGACGUGAUGAGCGGUGUGGAGUCUACGGACCUUUACUGAGGGACGAGUUCCGGAAAGUCCUCCCAGGGAAGGGAGUGGAAGUUCUUGAAAGCCCCGUGAGAGUCGAAAGAGAAGCUGCCACUACUGAACAGAAACAGACAGCGCGUGUUGGAUUAGUCAGCCACGUCGGCGGGCACAAGUUUGCGGGCAAUGUGAUUGUGUAUGUGCCUCCUGGGGCGAGGACGAUUGAAGGGGGCGAGAAUCCGCUGGAAGGGUGCGGGAUUUGGUAUGGACGUGUUGAGCCGAGGCAUGUGGAGGGGAUUGUGGAGGAGACUGUAAUGAGGGGAAAGGUGAUUGAGGAGCUAUUUAGAGGAGGGAUCAAUAGGAGAGGGGAGAUUUUGAGGAUUUAG